AUGACAGAGCAGAAGACGGUGCCAUACCUCAAUGGCGAGGUGCCUGUCGUUGGCGGUGCAGAAGUCAACGGCAAUAAAGCAGAAGUACACGAGUUCACCGCCGCACAGCCUGCUACUACAAAUGGCAUCAGCAACAUCGAGACAGAUGCACUCGUCAUAGGGGCUGGAUUCAGCGGCAUCACGGCCAUCGACCGACUUCGCAAAGCUGGUCUGAGGGUGAAGUGCUUUGAGGCUGGCGAAGACUUUGGUGGAGUGUGGUAUUGGAAUAGGUAUCCCGGCGCUCGUGUGGACUCGGAAGCACCUUUCUAUCAGUUGAACAUCCCCGAAGUGUACAAGACAUGGAACUUUAGCGAGAGAUUUCCUGAUCACCAGGAAUUACGCAAGUACAUGGCUCACAUCGACAAGACUCUCGGCCUGCGCAAGGAUGCUUACUUCAACGCUCGGGCCAACGAUGUCUCGUGGGAUGAGGGUGCUGGGAGGUGGACUCUCAAGACAGAGCAGGGCCAUGUUGCAACGGGAAAGUAUCUCCUGCUAUGUACAGGUUUGCUCCAUCGCACUUAUACUCCUGACUUCCCUAGCAUCAAGGACUACAAGGGCGAGAUCUACCAUUCAGGAGCCUGGCCUGAGAAUUGGAGUGCGAAGGGCAAGAAGGUGGGACUUAUCGGUGCUGGAGCGACCGCUGUUCAGAUCACGCAGGAGCUUGGCAAGCAAGCAGAUGAAUUGACUGUCUUCCUGAGGAGACCGAGCUAUUGCUUGGCGAUGAAGCAGCGCGAACUCACUCCUGACGAGCAGAGACAUCUCAAGAGCUUCUACCCAGCAUUAUUCAAGGCUGGUCGCAAUUCGCUCGCCGGCUUCCCCAACGCACGAGAAUCCGUCGGAGCUGCAGAAGUGUCUGCAGAAGUGCGAGAGAAGCAUUUCAAGGAAAGCUGGGAGGCUGGCGGCUUCAACUUCACGCUUUCAAACUACAACGAUGUUGUGAUCAGCCCAGAGUCGAACAAGCUCGUAUACGACUACUGGCGCAAGCGAGUCUGCGAGCGCCUGACAGAUCCUGAGAAGCAGAAGAUCAUGGCGCCGGAAAAGCCACCUUACUAUUUCAACACAAAGAGAAGUCCCCUAGAGCAAGACUACUACGAGGUCCUCGAUCAAUCGAACGUCCAUCUUCACGACCUUAGCAAGUCCCCCUUGAGAUCAUUCACGGAGAAGGGCCUCCUCAUGGCGGACGACAAGGCAUACGACUUCGAUGCCGUCGUACUAGCAACCGGCUUCGACUCCUUCACCGGCUCCCUCACCCACCUCGGCCUCAGAAACAAAGACGGCAUCCUCCUGAAGGACCUCUGGCAAGAAGGCGUCAACACAUACCUCGGCCUAACCAUCGCCGGAUUCCCCAACAUGUUCAUGGCCUACUCGCCUCAAGCCCCUACCGCUCUCUCCAACGGUCCCACCAUCAUCGAAGCACAAGUCGAGACGAUUGUCGACAUGAUCAAGAAGCUGGAGAGCGAGGGGACGAAAGUGAUCGAGCCCACUAAGGAGGCUGAGAGCCAGUGGAAGGAGCAUUGUAAUAGUAUGUUGCAGUAUACGCUGUUUCCGUUUACGGAGUCGUGGUGGAAUGGAAGCAAUAUUCCAGGGAAGAAGGCGGAGAAUAUGAGUUAUAUUGCGGGGAUUAAUGCGUAUGAGGCGGAGUGUAGGGCUACGAUGGAGGGGUGGAAGGGGUUCAAUGUUGUAGCGGGUAAGGCUUAG